AUGGUCAACCCUAUAGGCGAGGACAGCUGGCUUGCCUACCUCGAAGAGGCGGCCCGCAACGUCUCCGACCUCGAACAGCGCGUCAACCUCGUCGAGCUCCACAAGCGCGCCAUCAGCGCCGAACCCGCCAGUCUUCGCCUCUGGUUGGCAUACUGCGAUUACUUCUGGAGUCUCUGGGCCAGCAGCCAGUCCGACGAUGGCGGCUGGUCCGAUCAGGAGCAGAUGAUGGGCCGCGAGCUCUUCCCCUUUGGCGCCGCCCUCGACUUGUGGCAGCAGGGCUACCAAGCCAUCAAGUAUCGCCUCGACGACAGCCACCUGCUCUGGAACCGCUGGCUCUCCCUCGAGCUGGAGCAGCUAGCAAAGACAAGGACCCCCGAGGGCGUCAGGCGCAUCACUCACCUUUACCGCGACCGCCUCGCCACCCCUCAUCUCACCUGGGACGACACAUCGCAAGCCUUUUCCACUUUUCUGUCCGAGUACAAGUCGGACGCGUGGGAGGAGACGAUGAAGGAGGUGACGGCCUCGUCACAGGCGGCAAAGCUAGCCAAUGCCGCUCGAGAUCCCUUCGAGCUCAAGCUCAAGGAAGCUUCGCGGGCCGGCGAUGCCGAGGCCCAAAAGUCCGUCUUCAGAGACUACAUCGAGUGGGAAAUACGCCAGAAUAAGGGAAACUCCGAAACGCCGGAGCUUGCCUCGGAUCUGUGCUGCGGUCUCUUCGACAGAGCUCUUACCGGCCCCUUGGCCUUGGACGACCACGUCUGGCACGAGUACAUCGUCUUCGUAUCGUCUCCCCAGGUCGACCUCCAGACCCCCGAGAGGCUGCUCGACAUACUCCGCAGAGCUGUCCAGCAUUGUCCCUGGUCGGGACAGCUUUGGAACCGGUACAUUCUGUGUGCCGAGGAGGCAAAGCUUCCUUUCUCCGACAUCGAGUCAAUCAAGCAUUCGGCUACGAGCGAAAACCAAUUGUACAAGAACGGCAUGGAGAGCAUGAUCGAGAUGUACGUGGCCUGGUGCGGGUUCCUGAAGCGCACCGCACUGGAAGCCACCGCCAUUGAUGAGGCUGUCGAUGUGGCCGACGUGGGCCUCAGGGCGGCCCUCGAGGAUGUCGCUGUCGUCGGAAAGAGGCUCUACGGCAAGGACUUUCAAGGCGACCCCAAGUUUCGCCUCGAGCGCAUCUACAUCCAGUACCUGACGGAGAAAAAGGGGGCCAUAGACCAAGCAAGAGCCGUGUGGAGCAAGCUCGCCGGCGUCCAGAUUCAAGCUGACAGCUACGACUUUUGGUUUCGGUAUUACAUGUGGGAGAUGCUCAUCUUCUCUUCAAAUGUCCAGACCAACAGGAGCCCGACCCCCUCGACGGGCGCCGGCUCGGCUCUGCGGGUGCCUAAGAUAGCGACGGCAGUCCUGGAGGCUGCUGCCUCUCGAAAGACUAUUGACUGGCCCGAAAAGGUCUUGGAAGUCUACCUGCAACACUGCAACGACUACGAGCUACCGGCCUCGGUGCGACACGCUACCGACAUGGUGCACAAGGUCAACAAAGCGGUCAGGCGGCGGCGACUGCGCGAGGAAGAGGACAAGGCUGCCGCCUACGCUGCCUACUAUGGAAUCCAGCAGGCCGAGCAGCAGGACGACGACUCGAAGUCGCUCAAUGGGUCGAAGCGCAAACGCAAGUCUUCACCAGAUCCGAAGAACGAGGAUGCCGAGGCUGCCAGCAAGCGACAAAAGACUGGCCAAGGGGCGAUCGAGGCCCAGCCAUCGGGGGCUUCGCAGCAGGAUGUCAAGAGGGACCGAGAAAACGCGACCAUCAUCGUGACGGGCCUUCCCGCCGAGGUCACGCAGACCAAGGUUCGGCAGUACUUCAAGGAGUACGGCCACAUCAACAACAUCACGGCCUUUGUCCGAGAAAAGGAUGGUCGAGACACCACGGCAUUGAUCGAAUUCAGGUCCCCCGAGGAAGCGCAUUCUGCGUUGCUGAGGGAUGGUAAAUACUUUGGCCAGGCGCAAAUUAGCGUCCAGUCGGGCUAUGACCUGACGGUUUACGUGGCCAAUUACCCGCCGGCGGCCGACGACAAGUACAUACGAGACCUUUUCAAAGACUGCGGCGAUAUCCUGAGUAUCCGUUGGCCCAGUUUAAAGGUCAAUACCCACCGCCGGUUCUGCUACAUCUCCUUCCGCGACCGCGAUGCCUCAGCAAAAGCUGUCGCCAAAGAAGGCACUGUCCUCGAGGGCAAGUAUGCUCUCCUGGCCAAGUACUCGGACCCAUCGCGCAAGAAGAACCGCGAGGGCGCCGUUUCGGAGGGGCGAGAGGUGCACGUCUCCGGCCUGGACCGGUCCGUCACUGAAGAUGAGAUACGAGGCGUGUUCUCCAAGCUGGGCAAGGUGACAAGAAUCAACAUACCGCAGAACCUGGCCGGCAAGAACCGUGGAUUUGCAUACCUCGACUUUGAGACAAAAGAGCAGGCCCAGAAGGCCGCCGAGGAGAUGAACAACACAAAGUUCCGUAACGAGAUCCUCGUAGUGGAGGUGUCCAAAGAGGCAAAAGUGAAGCACGCGGCGAAAACCAUGGGCCUGGAUCGCGAGCCCGCUUCCCCGGCGCCGUCAGCACCUGGCAAAGGGGACACCGACGCCAUGAGCGAAGGCGGCGACGAGCGCUCGAACCCGUCCACGGCGGACAUUGCGGCCCGGACCAUUGCCCUGAUGGGCCUACCCGACACCGUCAACGACGCCCGCGUCCGGGCGCUUGUCGAGCCCUUGGGCGCAGUUGUCCAGCUGGUGCUGCAGCCCGGCCACGGGGGCGCCAAGAUUGAGUUCGCAGACGCGGCGACGGCGGGCAAGGCGGCUCUUCAGCUUGAUAGCAUGGAGUUUGAGGGGAGCAAACUACGGACCGGCACAGUCCGCGAGCUUCGCCAGGCCAGGGCCGAGCAUAAGGACGAUCGUAUCGUGUACGGAAGCAAGGAGAAGAAGGCGGCCAAGGACCAGGGCCCGGCAGCCGCAGACCCGACCCUGGCCAAGACAGGGCUCAUGCUUCCUCCGGUUUCCAUCCGUCGCCCCGCCCCGGGCAGAUCCGGGCCGAAGCGUGGCCUUGGCUUCGUCCCGAGAAAGGCGCCCGCAGCUCCCGAUGAGUCGAAGCCGAGCGAGAACGGCGCGCCUGCGGGGGGCGACGACAAGACCGCGCCCAAGAGCAACGCCGACUUCAAGGCUAUGUUUCUGACCAGCGGCGGCGAGGCAAAGAAGACGGCCGAUGGGGAGGGAGACGGCGGCGCACAGGGGGCCCUGUAA